UUUCCCAUUCACUCAUCUUCUCUUCCUUAUCUCCUUAAAAAUCUUCUGCUGUUUUCUUUUUUAUAUUUAGAGCUCCUCUGUUUCUUCUCCAAUAACCAAAAAAAAAAAAAAACUCUUCCUCUGUUUGUUUUCAAGUUCUGACAUCAUAAAUUCAGACCGAGAAAACAUAAAAAUUUGAGUCUUUUGAUGAUCGGAAACUGAUGACUCCCGUUCUCUGCGAAAUCCUGCUCUCUGGGCUCACGGUCAAAUCUGCUCUCUGCCGUAGAACCCAUCUCGUUCAAUCUUUCUCCGUCGUCUUCCUCUACUGGUUUUACAACGUUUCAUGAAUUGCUACAAACUCUAAUUAAUUUUUUCAGACAGAUCAUAAAAAAAAACCAAACAUAAAACAUAAAACUCUGUCCUUUUUUUGUCUUCUUGUAACUUUUCUUGUUAAAAAUCAAUGGCGUCAUCUAGCAGCACAUACCGGAGCUCAAGCUCUUCCGACGGUGGUAAUAAUAACCCGUCGGACUCCGUCGUCACCGUCGACGAACGAAAACGUAAAAGAAUGUUAUCGAACAGAGAAUCUGCACGUAGGUCAAGGAUGCGUAAACAGAAACACGUUGAUGAUCUAACGGCUCAGAUCAAUCAGCUAUCAAACGACAACCGUCAGAUCUUGAACAGCCUCACCGUAACAUCUCAGCUUUACAUGAAGAUCCAAGCCGAGAACUCUGUUCUCACCGCUCAGAUGGAGGAGCUUAGCACCAGACUCCAAUCUCUCAACGAGAUCGUUGAUCUUGUUCAAUCCAACGGUGCAGGAUUUGGUGUUGACCAGAUCGACGGCUGUGGUUUUGAUGAUCGUACGGUUGGGAUCGACGGAUAUUACGAUGAUAUGAAUAUGAUGAGUAAUGUUAAUCAUUGGGGUGGUUCGGUUUACACUAACCAACCCAUUAUGGCUAAUGAUAUCAAUAUGUAUUGAUUAAUAAAAUUAAUUAAAAUAAUUAGAUGCCCCUUUUUUGUCUUUUUAUUUUAAAAUUUAGCCCAUUUUGGUGUUUUUGGGUUGGUGUGAUGAUGUAAUUAUAGUACAUGCAUCUUUGAUUGGUUGGAAGGAUAAAUAUAAACUUUAUAUAUAUAUUGGGGCAUAUAUAUAUGAGUUGUACUUUGUCAUGUAUUGGUGUGUGUUUUGUUAUAAUUAUAUGAUUAUAUAUGUUUAUGUUAUCAUGAUUUUGUCUUUCACCUUAAUAUUCCAAUUGUU